UUUCGUCAUGUCUCCACGUAUUUUGCAACGAAUAUCUAUUUUUAAAAAGCGAUUAUGAUUCGCUGUUGCGUAAUUUUGUCAAUUUUAGUUUCUUUUGUAAAUUGCAAGUUAAAUUAUGUUAGUUCCAGUGAUUCGGAUGUCAACUUAGAUUCAUAUCAAUUGAUCGGUAAAUAUGGUUAUCGACCGGAGAAACAUCUAGUGGAAACAGAAGAUGGUUACAUAGUGAGUUUGUUCAGAAUAGUUGGCAAUGGACCGCCGGUGCUGCUAGCUCAUGGUCUUGCUGACAGUUCAGAUUCAUGGCUGGUGUUAGGACCGUCGAUGUCACUAGCUUAUCAACUAUCAGAUGCUGGAUUCGACAUCUGGCUAUACAACUCAAGAGGAAACAAAUAUAGCAGAGGAAGUACAAGAGACUUCAGUGAAAAGGAGUAUUGGGAUUUCAGCUUUGAGGAAAUGGGAACUAAAGAUAUGCCAGCCUGCAUCGAUUACAUCCUCAGGGUGACAUCUAGAGAAAAAAUAACAUAUGUUGGAUUUUCACAAGGAACCACUAUAUUUUUUGUGAUGUGCAGCUCAAAACCAGAGUAUAAUGAAAAAAUUAAUCACGCUGUAUUAUUGGCGCCAGUAGCAUGGGUCAAUACCAUAGAGUACCCAUUUAUAAAUUUUUUGGGCCGGUAUUUAAAGUUCCUAAUUGUUAUGUUUGAUAAUCUCGGCAUACAUGAAAUAUUCACUGAAAAUGUCAGAAGAACGAGACAGGGUAUUGAAUGUAACAAAUCUGUACUAGUGUGUGAUUUUGACUAUUACAUAAACUUUGGAGUGACAAAUUUUAAUAACUUAGCAUUAAAUAAAAUUGAUAUAAUAGAUAGCCACAUUCCGGCCGGUGCAUCUACAAAGACUUUUGCUCAUUUUAUUCAGGGGUAUAGAGAUAAACAAUUCCAAAAAUUUGAUUAUGGAUUUGGGAAAAAUUUUGCGUUGUAUUCAUCUAUAUAUCCCCCUCAAUAUAAUGUUACGAAAGUGACAGUCCCAUUGAGUUUGAUUGCAAGUGAAUCUGAUAAAUUGAGUGACAUAGAAGAUGUAAAAAUACUAGUUAGUAAGCUGAGAACUAUAAAAAGAUUUUCUGUUUUUAAUAAAACAACAGACUUUACACAUAUAGAGUUCGCAUAUGGGAAAAGAGUGAAAGAAUUAGUUAAUAAUCCUGUUACAAAUAUAUUGCUGGAAGAAAUCAAAAAGAGUAAUGAAACUUAAUGUACCCUUAUUUUAAUAGACAAAUGUUUUUCAUUGUUAUUUGCCAUUUUUAUUUUUUAUAAUUAAAUUAGUAUGUACCUACUUAGAUACCUAAUGAUAUACGAGUAAAUCUACAACUGAUAACAUUUUGUGAAUGAAAUAUACCUGCUACAAGGUGUC